UUUGUAUCCUUUUGUCGGUGGUUACUGGCUACUGGGUCCUUUUAAUAUCUUUUGCAUUAUUACUUGGCGGAAAGACGUGGAAGGUGAAAGGCUGCUAAAACUUUACUAUAACUAGCGCUUUAAUACAGUUUUUAAAAAAAAUGAUCGCGAUUAAAAAAUAUAAAAGAACGCUUUAAAAGUAACAGUGCUGCCUUUCUAAAAGCUAAGGCUAAAAUACGUAUUUACCCCAAUAAUGCAUAAACGAAAUCGACUAAGUUUGUCCUCAUUAAUAUCGUUUCUUAACAGGUCUAAGAGUUUAAGUAGAAAAUGUGACACUUUUAACCCAACUUAUAGCCCGGCAAUAAUUGAGCAAUCAAUACAAGAUUCAAAGCGCCACACGGUCCAGCAAUUUAACCUACAAGAAGAAAGUAUCCUCUGUCUUUCUUCGGCAUCAAACUCGGAUUCAGAGCAGCAGGAUAAAUAUUCGGAUUUAAAGGCAACGAGCAAAUCGCCGAAAAGGCGGAGCGCCUUGGCGAAACAAGGAAAAACACCAAACGCAACAAAAACUAAAAAGAGAAUUCAUUUUGCAAAUGGCACGAAGCAAAAUAACGGACCCAAUGUGGAAGGAAUACAAGCAGAAGAGGCCUUAAUUGAUAUCGAAGGAUUAUACGAUUAUAUGAUUCGGGAAUCACCUGAGAACCUAAGACCAGACUCUCCUACUCUCGGAUACUACUUUGGUACUUAGGCGGGCUAAGUGGUGUUAAAGUUAGCUUUACUGGCGCACAUGGACUGGGGUGCCGGCUGAACUACCUAUUUUGGUAGGUGUUUGAAUCAUUAUGCUAAAAGCUUUAAAGCGAAUUACUUGAACCCUUUCUUAAAUUUAAACGAUUAUUGC